AUCUCAUCACCUUCUAGUGUUUGUGAUUUGUAAGAGUCAUCACACUUGAAAUUUAUCCUUCUGAUAGAUAGUUUAAAACCUCUGUAAAAUUGUUUCCUAAUAUUGUUUGUUUCCAGAAUGAGGUUCCUGUCAAGUGUUUGUGUCGUGUUGGCGGUACUGCUGGUGGGGUCAGAGGCCUUCAGUUUAAGUUGGCCCAAGUUUGGACGAUGCCCAGACCUUUCUGUACAACAGGUGUUCCAGCUACAAGAUUACAUGGGUGUGUGGUACACUCAGAAUGGUUACAAUCUUGCGAUGACCCAGGGCAAGGGCCGUUGUGCAUAUGCCAACUAUACUUUGGACACUGAGCACAACUAUGUUAAAGUGAAAAACCAACAGAUUUCUGCCAGCACAAACAAGUGGGAGUCUAUCAGUGGCAUAGCAGAGCCCGUCGACCCCAGCAAGGACGAGGGGAAGUUCACUGUCAACCUCUACGUGUGGGGAUUCUGGAAAGUUACUGGUCCUUACUGGGUGCUCGGUACUGACUACAGCACUUACAGCGUGGUCUAUGGCUGUGACAACUUCCUCUUCUUCUUCCAUUAUUACAGCAGUUGGGUGUUGAGUAGAGCUCAAAACAUGAGUCCCAAGGCUGCAAGCAGUUUUUACAGGCGUGUAAACGCUACAUUGGUGAAGAACAAUCUUGACCUAAGUACCUUUGAGGCGAUUGAUCAAAGUAACUGCUUUUAAACAGCGUCUGUGGUCUAUGUAUAGUUGUUACAGUAUUACUAUACAAAUGCUACAUAAAAAUCUUAUGAAAUUA